AUGCCAUCUUUAUUUCCGGUGACUGAAAUCAUUCAUGAAAGUGAUAAAUAUAUCAAAAAUAAACAAAUUAUUAUAUUGUGUGAAUUAACAUGUUCUUCUACAAUCGAAUCGGAAGCAGUAAUCUAUGAAACUGGACAAAAAACGCGUGCUGAUGCCAAUAGUGCUCAUAGUCAACGAACUUUGAAGCAAGAUAUUCGAACUUUGUUUUCUGAUAAAAGUACUAGUGAUGUUCAAAUGAAAGUUGGUGAAGAAAUACUACAAGCUCACAGAUCAAUCUUAUCAGCUAGGUCGCCAGUAUUCAGAGCGAUGUUCAAACCUGACAUGGUUGAAGGGAAAGCUGAAAUAGUUGAAAUUAAAGAUGUCAAUACUGAAGCCUUUAAAUCACUCAUAAAUUAUAUAUACUGUGAUGAAAUUGAUCAACUAGAUUAUGAAAAAGCGAAAAAUCUGCUAAUAGUAGCAGAUUUGUACGAAGUUCUUCGCCUCAAAGAUAUGUGUGCAUCCAUUCUGAUGUCAGAAAUAACUGACAAAAACGCGGUUGAAAUCGUAUCAUUAGCUGAAACCUACUCACACAAUGGUCUAAAAUUAUUUGCGAUAGAUUUUAUCGCUGACCAUUCAGAUACUAUUUUAUUUUCACCAGAAUGGUUUCCAUUUAUAAGUAAUCAUUUAGAAACAGCGACUGCAAUAUUUCAAAAACUAACAAAAAAUAAAAUACUUGACUAA